AUGAGUGCUUCUGGGCCCGAUCCUUCGAUGGAUCCACAGAGGUACGCAGAAGCUCAGGGACCCAACCGCUUGGGAGAGUCUGCUAUACCAGAUAGAGCCAUUCGUGCAAAGUCACCGAUCCAAGCAAACAGCAUUGGGGUGUUCUCUCGUCCUUCAGCAGGCAGUGCCGUUAGUAUAGCCACGGGAGCUCCGAUGGAACAGAGAUCCCCGUUUCGAGAUAUUCGGGCCAGCUCCCGUGGCUCAACUCUUGCACAUGAUCAGCAGAUCACAGACGUCGCUGACACUGCAUCUAAGCCCUUCACCACGCGCAAGCUCCGGACUGUUGCUCCAUCAAUCAAUUCCGCUGCGCCAACCACAGUUAUCAACCAUCAGACUACUGCAGGGGUAAUUUCUGGUGGCACUGCGAAGAGUAUUACAAUGACGCAAACCGUUCAAAAUGUCGAAGCGACAUCCGACAUGACGUCUGAAAUACUACAUUUCAUGGCAGAUCCUGUUAUUCGCGUUCCUUUCAAAACCGUUCCUGGUUCUCUUCCCAGAUCCAUAGCCCUCGAACGUAAGCGGAGAGAGCUAGCGUCGGUAAACACGCUUGAACUAUUCCAGAGUGUUACUGAGUUGUAUGAGGAGGCGGCCCGUGUGUCAGGCAGCCCUGCCGUGGAUCCAAGCGCCGCAGACAAUGAAAUGCACAUCCCACUGGAGCUGUUCGACGACACUGAAUUCGACGUCCGUACUAUGGCUGCGUGGUGGACUGUUUCUAAAGCUUAUUCCUUGGUUGAUAUGGCCUCUGGCCGGUCUCGUACGGUCAAAGGGCUUUAUGGACAAGCGUUCAUCAAUGGCCAGUGGGAGCGAGUAGUUGUCAUCGGACAAAAGAAGCCUGCCGACAAUGAACCCUUCGACGACAGACUUCUUUGCGUCCUCAGAAGUAAUGUGGCAAAGCGCAUUUGGGUUCCUCGACUCUACGUUCACUUCUGGGGGGAAGAUCCCAGGAUCUAUGUUGAGCGGCUCCGUCAAGCCAUCUUCCUCCGGGACCAGACAGAGUCACUGUUGAAGUACGAUCUCUUCAUCAAUUCUAUGCCCGUGAGCGGGCUGUUUGAAUUCUCUGAUGCCCUCAAGUUCAGCAUCCAGCGCCGGUCUAUUCCCUUCUUUACCAAGCGAACAGUCCUCACGCUCGAGUCAUCUAUAGUGGAAAAGCUGAAAGACAGAACAGUCGAAGCCGUCUUUGAGUCGUUAACCAGUGAUGUCGUGCGGAGCUUCUAUACCAGCCAGAACAGAGUGCUGUUUGACCUAAGCUUACAGCGGCAGCCAAGUCUCAUGAGUGAGCUCAACCUAGAACACGCUGUCGACUAUAUUCAGUACGAAAAAAUAUAUAAGUAUAACAAUAUAGAGAAGGCAAUGGGGAUAUACCGCCAGCUAGUUUCUCCGUGCAACCAAGAAGCCUUCACGGCUAAUUUAACUGACGACACUAUAACCGACACUGCGGUCUGCUAUAAUAUUGGAAAAUACCUUAAAAAGCGUUUUACGCAAGCUCGUGACGUCAUCUCUUUUAACUCUUUUUUGACCAGCCCAGAGGCUAUCAAGGCCCUUCAGUGUCUCAACUACGAGGUAGAUAAGAUUCUUUCGUAUUCCAUUACAGACUUUACCGUCCAAGCCAACUCACUGUUUGGCAACUAUGAAGACUUUCCGAGUCUUCGCUACGAUGAUGUAAAGUACAACCAGAAUCUCUACGCAAUCAUAUCGGAGACUGGUUCUGCAACCCUCCCCCUUGCGGUUAAAACGUAUACCCUUGAUGAUUUCCGUGUGACCCAGAAUACACACGCAAGGCACCUCAAGCAGUACCUGGAAGAGACAUGGACUGGAAACCUCAAGCAUGGGAUCAUUGACGCAUUACAGAAGUGUGGCAAAGGGUGGUACGACAUCUCUGUUAAGUCUAAAGAUGUUUAUGAGAGCUCUAAACUGAAGCGUAUUUUCCGCAGGAUAACAAUAACAAUGGCAGACACGAUCCGGUAUCUCUGCGAAUUCUCCUGCAAGCAGUACGUCGCGAUGUUCCGUGCCGGCGCCAUGUGGAAGGUCAAAUCCUUCUCAACAAGCGACGUCCGCUCUUACCAUAGAGAUAACGCCCUUUUGGGGAGGAGUCACAUAAGCCAUCGGGGUGCAGAUGCGGCUCUCUUGGAUGAGCAGGAGAAAGAUCAUGAAGUAGACUCUUUGAGCCCUCUUGCCCUUCCGUUGAGUGCAGCGGGAUCAUCUGCAAAGGCCUUAGAAACGCAGAAAAGUAUAUACCUCACGUGUUAUCGCCAACCUCUAUUCUCUAUAGCAGUUAGUGUCCUGGACGGGAUAACUUCCAACGAAGAUAAGGUUAUUCUGACUAAGCUUAACAGCGAGUACAUAUACGGCGUUACGGCUCUUGCCGAUGAGGAGGUAGUUGACUUCGACGAUGAUGGCAAGGACGACGGUAACGCAGACGUUAUACCCGAUGAUGACGGUGAUGACAAUGAAAAGGAUGACACAGCGCAGAAGACAGGGGAUGCCUCCAAGCAAUCUGCUGAGAAGGCUUCCGAUAGACCCACAACUGAGAAGGGCUCUCGCAAGUCUCGUCGAGCAACGACAAGGCCAGGCUCAUCAGUAAAGGCAGGUGUCCAGGAUGUCGCCCCAGAGGUCCCGCUCCCAGACACUGUCAAGACUAUCGCAUACAUGACCAAACCGGAAGACUUUAUCUCGGUUGUCCUUCAAGUCUUUGAGACGGGGCUCACCACCGUUUCUGGCGUUGGGGAGAUCGAGCCCCUUGUUAUCCAGAACAUUAUAUGGGCUGACAGGACUCACAUAGCCAGCCCUUCUGUCCAGGAAGAGCUCUAUGUCAAUUACCGGACAGAGUUAGUUGAGUAUAUGGAGACGGCAAUUCAGCCGCUCACUGAAUAUCUGCGUUGCUUCAGCAGGUAUACAGAGCUUAUUCUACUAGAUGAAGAGAAAUGGGCUAGUACUGUAAAGUUUCGUGCAGAGCUCUACCUGAAGAUGGGGGCAGAUGCUAAGAAGGACGAAGGUACCACCAGCGAUACCUCGGAAAUUGAAGGGUUUAGUAGUCUUCCCAUGACAAUGCAGACUGCCAUUCAGAACGCUACGCCGCUCUCUCCUGCAGAUCUGCGGUCUCUUGUUAACGACCAGCUAGCACGACAAAAAGAUAUUCUCUUGAGCAUCCCAGAAUCGGUACAUGUCGGCCUGUUUGUCGUGCGAAACGGUAAUGUCCGUAACUUCCUUUCGAACAAGUGUCUCAGACUGGCCGAGCUGACCCAGGAGAUCAUCUCUGAGAUAGCUGGUAAGAAGUCGAACAUGAUCUCUCAGACCUACUUUGCAAUUAAUAAAAAGAUUAACCGUAAGAACAAAAACAUCGAAGAGGUCUCUGUCACGGAGGAGUUUAUCAAAGGGAAGAUAGAUGGCAUUAUUAGUUCCAUGAAAGCCAACAUCGGUAUUAUGCUUGACUACUACUCUAUCCUCGAUGAUCUCUUUGUCGGACAGACAAACCAGGUCGUCCAACAACGAUACAAGACCAUGUCAUAUCCGUUGGAAAUUCGCAACUUGGUCACAAAGACUAUGGAGGUGCUAUCUCUGGAUCGCGAGAAGUUCAAGGAUGAGCAGAACCAGCAACAGCAGAGCCUGGAAAAGUCGCUAGAAAACUGCACUCGGCAGGUGACUUCGUUUCCACUCAAGUACACAAGCGUCACCGAUUAUGUGGCUGCUGCAGAGGACGCUGAGCAGAUCUUCAGGCAGCUUAACCGUCUUCAAGAAAAGGCGAAGCUCUUUAACAAACGUGAAAUCAUUAUGGACCUGCCGAUGACAGACUACACACGACUUGAGCAGGUCAUUAGGGAUUUCGAGCCUCUAAACAUCCUUUGGAAGACUAUCUUAGAUUAUAACACCACGUACACAGAGGUCAUGGAGAACGACUUCAAAGUCAUUGACGCGAGUGUCACAGAGCGCAACGUAGACCAGGCAUACAGGAAUAUUGCAAAGUGUAUUCGCUCCUUGAAAGAUAAUGCGGGGAAUACCAAGGAGAUCGCAGAGACGGUGAAGACACAGAUAGCGGACUUCAAGCUCUACAUGCCACUGCUCGUUGCACUGCGGAACCCUGGAAUGCGCAAAAGGCACUGGUACCGCAUUUCUCGAGAAAUAAACAUCGACCUAUCAUGUCUGCGUUACAUUAAUGGCAUCGAGGUCAAAGAUGCGACGCUCCAGCGUGGGUCCAGUAACGAAGCUGCAGAGGCGAAUGGGGAAGCCGUGAAUGACGACGUAGACUCUGAAACAGACUAUGCAGAGUACACUGCAGAACAGCUUGCUGAGCUAAACUCGCGACCUGUCGAGUAUACGUUCAGACAGGCCAUCGAGGUGCACGGGUUGAACGAACCAUCAAAGCUGCACAUCAUCCAAAAAGUCUCUGAAGUCGCCUCAAAGGAGUUUGCGAUUGAACAGGUUCUUAAAAACAUCCAGGCGGAAUGGGCCGAUGUAGAGUUUGACCUACUGGAGUACGCUAAUACCAAUACAUAUGUUCUACGCUCUCUUGAUGAUAUCAUUCAGAAAUUGGACGAUAACAUCACACUUGUUCAGACUAUGGGCUUCUCUCCUUUCAAGAAAUACUUCGAGGAGCAGAUCGCGUCCUGGGAACGCAAGCUUUCUUUGGUUUCUGAAAUUAUAGAGGUAUGGCUCCAGGUCCAGCAACAGUGGCUCUAUCUUGAGCCUGUCUUCUCCUCACCAGAUAUCUCACGUCAGCUCCCCGCAGAAAGCAAGAACUUUCGGUCGGUGGAUGCUGUGUGGCGAAAGCUUAUGGGGAAUACGUACAAGACACCCAAUGUGCUGGAGAUAUGCCUCAAUACAGAUAAGCUCCUCCCCAAGCUUCGAGAGUCCAAUAAGAUCCUUGAUACGGUUCAGAAGGGUCUUUCAGACUAUCUUGAGGCGAAAAGGCAAGCAUUUCCCCGAUUCUACUUUCUGUCCGAUGCAGAGCUCCUAUCCAUCUUAUCUCAGACAAGAGAUCCGAACUGCGUACAACCUUACUUCAGGUCUUGCUUCGAAAAUAUCAACCGGGUCAAGUUUGCCCCAGAGGAGCAGGAUUACCAGAUGAGCGGGAUGUUCUCUCACGAAGGUGAGUGGGUUGAGUUUUCCGAGCCUCUUUAUCCGAAGGGGUCUGUUGAGGUUUGGAUGGGCAAUCUCGAGAAGAUGAUGAUUCGGACCGUUCGCCAGCGCAUUUUUGAGUCUAUCUUGGCGUAUCAAGUCGCGUGGGUCAGUGACGGAAUCAAGGGCCGCUCUCAGUGGGUGCGCCGUUUCUUUGCCCAGGGCGUACUGGCUGCAAGCCAGCUCUUCUUCUGCUCAGACACAGAAACAGCUAUUGUAGAAGGGAGAAUAGAAGAAUUCUAUGCUCGGCAAGAGGAGCAACUUUCGUCUCUGACAGACCUUGUGAGGCAGGGACUCACGAAGCUUGAGGCAAAGACUUUAGCAGCUCUUCUAACCCUCGACGUUCACAACAGAGACACAGUCGCUAACCUCGUUAAGGCGAAGAUCACGCGCACGUCGGACUUCGAGUGGAUGUCGCAGCUUCGAUACUAUGUCUGCAACGUUCCUGAUCAGAGCAAGCCAGAAGAUCUUUUGGACAUAGCCAUUCAGAAUAUUGAUCCUGGUUCCUUGGAGACUAAUGAAGACACCGGUGUUAUUCAGGUCCAGUCUGCGGCCAGAACUUAUUUCACCAAGACCAAUAAUCAAAUCGACAUGCAUAUCCGACAGGUUCAGACCACUUAUCCCUAUGGUUUUGAAUAUUUAGGCAAUACAUCCCGACUUGUCAUUACUCCUCUUACUGAUAGAAUCUAUAUUACCUUGACCUCUGCCCUUUCAAACUAUCUUGGAGGCGCUCCCGCAGGACCUGCGGGAACAGGAAAAACAGAGUCUACAAAGGAUCUUGCAAAAGCCCUCGCACAGCCAGUUAUUGUCUUCAACUGCUCUGAGGGUCUAGACUACAAGGCCAUGGGGAAGUUCUUCACCGGACUGGCGAUGUCUGGAGCUUGGAGCUGCUUCGAUGAAUUCAACCGCAUUGACAUAGAGGUUCUUUCUGUUAUCGCUCAGCAGAUUUUGACGAUUCAACGUGCCAUCAUUAACAGGCAGGAGCGCUUCCUCUUUGAAGGCCGCGAGAUCAGCCUCAAGCCAACCUGCGCUGUGUUCAUCACAAUGAACCCAGGAUACGCUGGUCGCGUUGAGCUGCCUGACAAUCUUAAGGCUUUGUUUAGGUCGGUUUCGUGUAUGGUUCCAGACUAUUCUCUUAUUGCAGAAAUACGGCUCUAUAGCUUUGGAUACAAGAAUGCGAAGAUCCUUGCCCGUAAGACGACUGCGUCGUUUAAGCUUAGUUCAGAACAACUAUCGUCACAGGACCACUACGACUUUGGCAUGCGUGCGCUCAACACCACUCUUCAGGCUGCCGGCAACAUGAUUCGGGAGUACACGUCCAACGGAAAGCUAACUGUUACAGAGGAGCAAAUUCUUUUGCGCGCUAUUAAAGAGGUCAACGUACCUAAGUUCCUCAGCAAUGACGUUAUUCUUUUUGGCAACAUCGUCAAGGAUAUGUUCCCAGGGACAGAAUCACCGCAUGUCGACUUCACCAAACUUAUUGAAAGCAUUACAUACGUGCUGCGGUCCAAUCAGAUGGGCUAUAUGCAGAUAGAGGAAUCGUUCAUCAAUAAGGUCAUCGAGGUGUACCAGACUGUUCUGCUUCGUCACGGUCUCAUGACCGUUGGCCAGACGUCUUCUGGAAAGACCGUGGCUCUUGAGGCGCUGGCCUUGGCACUCAACAAGCUUAAUCAGGAAGAAUAUGACGCUAGACUUGCACACUUUAAUAAGCUUCUCCGAAGCAACCCCGGCAUGACCCUGGCUGAGGCGGACAAGGAGAUCCCCGAGGACUACACAUUCAUGAAGGCAGUGAUCCACCGCAUUAAUCCAAAGUCUAUCACGAUGGGCCAGCUUUAUGGUGAAUUUGACCUGGUAUCCCACGAAUGGUCUGAUGGUAUUCUGGCCGACCUGAUCAGAAAGUCGGUGGCUGCGUACAAUGCGCAUACGACUUAUAUUGAGCAGUCUAUGUAUUUGCAAAACGAUGGUGUCACCGACAAGAAUAUCUUAACGAUAUCUCAGGUGAACGGACCGGCAUUCGUCCGGAAGUUCGACCAUGUGCGGCAGUGGCUCCAUAUCUGUGGACCCAUCGAUGCCUUGUGGAUAGAGUCUAUGAACACUGUUCUCGAUGACAACAAGAAACUCUGUUUGACAUCUGGCGAAAUCAUUGCCUUAACGAAUGUGAUUAGUCUUGUUUUUGAAGUCGAGGAUCUCGCCGAAGCCUCCCCAGCCACCGUCAGUCGUGCAGGCAUGAUCUUCUUCAAUGGGUUGGACACAGUCAGCUCAUCAGCCUAUGUCGACACAUGGAUUGACCGUCUUCCUGAUGAUUUGCGCGUUGUCGGGACUAAUGCUGCUCGUGGAAAGAGUGCAAACGCUGAUUCUUCUCGCGGAACCUCGAUGAAGUCGCGCCUCGGUGUCACGGAGAGGUACUCCGAUGUGGCAAAGCGCUUUAAGGAGUUGUUCGUUUCACACCUCAACGACUCACUUGAUUUUGUAGCCAAAAACACGCAGAGCAUGAUAAAAUCGUGCCCUCAAAAUCUUAUACAUGCAACGACUAAAAUCCUUGAUUGCUUCAUCCGAGAGUUCAAGCCAAAUGAGUUUAAUGUCAUUGAGGAACAGAAGAUCGACACACUGAACACUUAUCUCGAGGUCUUCUUCUUCUUCGCUCUGGCUUGGGGUGUUGGCAGCAAUAUCGCGACAGAAGACGACAGAAAGCGCUUUGACAACUGGCUAAGAGCAAGGAUCAACGAGGGCGGCUACUUGGCAGAUUUUCCGCUUCCUGAAAAAGACCCCCAGACCGGUCAUCCAACGACUAUUUACGAUUACUGUUUUGUCUAUCCGCCGAUAGAUGCCAAAGUAACUAUGGAUGAUAACGAAGAAGGUGAGAACCAACCGCGCUGGGUGCCAUGGAUGCAGACAAUCCCAGAAUUUUCCAUUGACAGCCUGGGGACAGGUCCCAACAAGACCGUUGAAUUCCAAGACAUCUUCAUUCCCACAGCCGACACCGUUCGCUCGAGCUAUCUUGUCCGUAAGCUUCUUCUAAAUGGAUUCCCAGUGCUUGCUGUGGGUCAAACUGGAACCGGUAAGACUAGUGUUAUAAAGAAUUACCUUCUCCGAGGCCCCGCGAGUGACAUGACUACAAACAUCCCUAUCUUUUUGAACUUUUCCGCUAGGACGGGGGCGAAUCAGACCCAAGAUUUUAUAGAUGGAAAGAUGGAGAAGCGGAGGAAGGGCGUUUAUGGGCCUGUAGCAGGGAAGAAGUUUGUGCUUUUCAUAGAUGACCUUAAUCUUCCUAACAAGGAGAAGUACGGAGCUAUUCCUGUCAUUGAACUUAUUCGGCAAAUGGUGGAUCACGGCGGCUGGUACGACCGAGACGAGCUUUUCUUUAAGCAGAUCAUUGACACGUAUCUCAUCACGGCUAUGGGGCCGCCUGGAGGUGGACGACAGACAAUAACAAAUCGUAUGCAAAGGCAUCUGAACUUUCUGGUCUUUCCAGAGAUGAACGAUAACGGCCUUAAGGGCAUUUUUUCGACUAUUGUUAAGUGGUGGUCCGGCAGAUCCUUCACAACGGCGUCGGCAGCAGACCUGGCUGACGAGGUGAAGAAGCGGUGCCAGAUUCUUGUUGACGCUUCUCUCAGUGUGUACAACAGUGCAAGGGCGGAACUUCUGCCAACUCCAGAGAAGUCCCACUAUGUUUUCAAUCUGCGCGAUCUCUCUAAAGUGUUCCAGGGCAUCCUCAUGAUAGACCCUCUCAGCGUUGUCGCUAAGCUCAGCAAUGAUGGAUCCACCGUCCCCUAUUCUAUCGCUGAUGUUGAGAAGAACUUAAUCAGACUCUGGAUCCACGAGAACAUGCGAGUGUAUUACGAUCGUUUGGUCGAUGACCACGAUAGGCAUUGGUUUGAGAAGCUUUUGACAAAGCAGACAAGCAACUUCUUUAACCGUGAUCUGGAUAAGGACGUCUUAGAGGGCAAGCACCCAGACACUCUUCUUUUUGGUAACUUUGCUAAUCCACAGCAGGCAAUUCGGCCUUACAAAGAAAUUACUGAUAUACCUGCUCUUUCUCAUGUUCUUUCAGACACUCUCAACGAUUAUAACGAUCAGAACAGCAAGCAGAUGAACCUCGUUAUGUUCAGGGAUGCCAUCUCGCACCUAAGCAGGAUCUCACGCAUUUUGCGCCAACCCGGUGGAAACUGCUUGCUGAUAGGCCUUGGGGGCUCUGGUCGUAGUAGCCUGGCGCGUCUUAGCGCCUUUCUUGCCGAGUAUGAUCUACACACAAUUGAACUACGAAAGAACUACGGGAUACCAGAAUGGCGCGAUGACUUGAAGAAGAUUCUGAUGACUGCUGGUGUAGACAAUAAGCAGAUUGUCUUCCUCUUUACAGACUCCAUGAUUGUCAACGAGGCGAUGGUGGAAGAUAUCAACGCAAUCCUGAACACUGCUGACAUCCAGAACCUCUAUGACCUAAACGAUAUGGAGACAAUCUUCGCAGCCGUACGACCACUGUGUAUGGAGAAGGGCCUCCAGCCUACAAAGAUAGCCCUCUUUGAUGCGUAUCUUACCCGGGUCAAGGCCAAUAUCCACUUGGUUCUGACCUUCAGUCCGUCUGCAGCACUCAGAACACGCCUUCGGAACUUCCCAUCUCUGGUCAAUUGCUGCACGCUGGACUGGUUCACAGGAUGGCCAGAUGAGGCGCUGAUCGACGUUGGUCGCAGUGUCUAUAAUUAUGCUUUAAUAGAACAGGGUGUGACAUGCUUCCCAGACUCUCCGCAAUCCGAGUUUCUCAAUGCUUAUCUGGACGAGCAGUCUGGGAUGGAGCUAGAUGAGACUAAGAGGAAGGAGAAAAAGACCCUCUUACAGAACUCAAUUAUCAAGCUAUGCAUGCGAUUCCAUAUCUCUAUCGAAACCUGGUCCAAGAGGUACAAGGAAGAGUCAGGACGUCUAAAUCAUAUCACCCCAACUCUUUAUCUUACGCUCUUAUCCACCUUUGCACGCGUUCUCCAGGCCCAGUACAACAAGGUUAAUGAGUACAAGAUGCAACUUAAAUCUGGGCUGCACAAGCUUCUGGACACACAAACUAUGGUUGCAAAGAUGCAGGAAGAUCUCAUUGCGCUCCAACCCGUCCUUGAGCGGACGCAGACAGAGGUGGAGGCCAUGAUGGUUGAUCUUGAUAAGGACAAAACAGAAGCCGAUAAGACCAGGCAAGUUGUCGCGAAGGAGAAACAAAUUGCUGCAGCGAAGCGCGACGAGUGUGAAGCUAUCAAGAAUGAUGCUGAGCGCGAUUUGGCAGAGGCAAUUCCCGCCCUCGAAGCUGCUCUCGAAGCGCUUAAGUCCCUGAAGGUUUCAGAUCUCUCUGAAAUUGGACACUACACUAGCCCACCCUACGGUGUCAAGUUGGUCCUUGAAGCGGUCUGUCAAUUCUUCGGCGUCAAGGGCAAUCGCGUUCAAGACAAGGAUAAGCCAGGCCAGUUUAUCGAGGAUUAUUGGGACCCUAGCAAAAAGCUACUUUCGGAUCCUCGUGGUCUUCUAGACAAGCUUAUGAACUACGAUCGAGAUAACAUCAAACCAGACAUCAUAAAGAAGAUUCAAAAGUAUAUUGUUGACCCAGAAUUUGUUCCGAAGGAGAUUGAGAAGAAGUCCAAGGCCGCCAUGGCGAUGUGUUCCUGGGUGCACGCUAUGAACAAGUACUAUCACGUGGCGAAACAGGUCGAGCCUAAACGUCAAAAGCUUGCCGAAGCAGAGGGAGAGCUAACAAUUGUCCAGCAGAACCUGGAUAAGCUGGUGGAUGAGCUAAAUACCGUUGAAAAUAAGAUUGCCCAACUGGAAGCGCAAUUCUCGGCAGCUGUUGAAAAGAAGGAGGACCUUACUCGCCAGGUUGAGGAGACAGGGCUGAAACUCGAGAGGGCUGAAAAGCUGAUAAGUGGGCUUGGCGGAGAAAAGGAUCGUUGGACGCAGGCUAUGGCCGACAUGGACAAGAAGCUGAGCUCCAUCCUCGGAGACUGUCUGUUCUCUGCUGGAUGCAUCGUCUACCUCGGCGCAUUUACAUCGCAGUUCAGAACAAAGAUUGCCCAGAGCUGGAUUAAGUUCAUUGAUGAGCUGAACAUACCGCGCUCUACAGGAGAACACUUAAACCUGAAGGAGAUACUUUCUGACGAGGUUGAAAUUCAGCAUUUCCAUGUCAACGGAUUGCCCUCGGAUAAUCACUCGAUAGAGAACGCUCUUUUUAUGUACAAUAGUGACAAGUAUCCACUACUCAUUGACCCACAGGGCCAGGGCAUGAAGUUCGUCCGUAACAUGGAGAAGGACAAUUCGCUCACAGUUUGCAAAGCAAGCGACAAAGAUCUCCUCAGAACCAUGGAGAAUGCAUUGCGCUUUGGCAAGCCGGUUAUGAUCGUCAAUCUCUUGGAGGAGAUCGACCCUGCACUUGACGGAAUUCUGCAGAAGCAAGUUUACAAGGAUGGGAACACUGUGGUGAUAAAACUAGGAGACCAGAUUAUUCCAUAUAAUCCGAACUUCAGGGUUUACCUUGUCACAAGCUUGCCAAACCCAAAAUACUCUCCAGAAAACGCAGUCAAGGUCCUAACCCUCAACUUUGCCAUCAACGAGUCCGGGCUUGAGGAGCAGCUGUUGGCCACCGUCGUGAACAGAGAACGCCAGGACCUCGAAAGCAUGAAGAGCCAGCUUGUCAUAAGCAACAGUCGAAUGCGUCAGGAGCUCAAGUCCCUUGAGGCAACGAUCCUCAGGCUUCUCUCGGAGUCUACGGGCGAUAUCCUGUCGGACGAAACACUGAUAGAGACGCUAUCGCAGUCUCAGAAGACUAGCCAGGAAAUCGCGACGAAGGUUGCCGAGUCUGAAAAGACCGAAAAAGAGAUUGAUGUCACGCGCGAGCUGUACCGCCCUGUUGCCACGCGUGCUAGCAUCCUGUACUUCUGCUGCUGUGAUAUGGCGAACAUCGACAGCAUGUACCAAUACUCCUUGCAGUGGUACGUUAGUCUUUUUGUCCAAGCAAUAGCUGACGCUGAGCAGGCCGACGAGCUGAGUGUACGCUUAGAGAACUUGAUUGAUCACUUUACCUAUUACCUUUACACCACUAUUUGCAGGUCUCUCUUCGAAGUCCAUAAGCUUCUUUUCGCCGUGCUAGUAGCGAUACGCAUAAAGCACCAUGCCGGAGACCUCAACACCAACGAGCUUCGAUAUCUGCUUAUUGGGUCUGCGUCUGCAACGGCCCCAAAGCCUAACCCGUGCCCCGAAUGGCUCAGUGAGAGGUCUUGGAUCAACAUAUGUGAUCUGGACAACGUUUCAGGUACUUUCAAAGGCUUUUCUAAUACGUUUGCCAACAAAGAAAACCAGGCUAUCUGGAGGCGAAUGUUUGAGAGUUCACAACCCGAGACGCUUCCAAUCCCACAGCCAUACCAAGACGCACUCACUCCCUUCCAGCGGUUUCUACCACUCAUGUGCAUUCGUCCAGACAAGAUUAUCGCGUACUCUCGUAUAUACAUAGAGCAGGAGCUUGGACCACGCUUUAACGAACCGCAACUCUUCAAUCUAGAGCUCUCCUUUAAGGACUCCAACAAUGUUACGCCCCUGCUCUUCAUUUUGAGUAGCGGAUCAGAUCCCAUGGCCGACCUUUUCCGCUUCGCAGACGAAAUGAGGAUGAGCCGAAAGAUGCAGUCCAUCUCUCUGGGCCAAGGACAGGGAGCGAUAGCAAGCCAGUUGAUUACUCAAGGUAUCGAGCGGGGCUCGUGGAUCAUUCUCAUGAACUGCCACCUGGCGGUCUCGUGGAUGCCAGAGCUAGACAAGAUUAUUGAACAACUAAGCUCCGAUCCCUCAAAUAUUCAUCGCGACUUCAGGCUGUGGCUCACCUCUAUGCCCAGCGAACAAUUCCCUGUCUCUAUUCUGCAGAACUCCGUUAAAAUGACAAACGAAGCCGCCCUCGGGAUGCGUAACAAUGUGCUUAGAACGUACAGCAACCUGAACGAUAAAAUUCUUAACGAGACGAUACAGUCUGGCGAUCCGACAAAGAUUCAGAUCUUCAAGAAGCUUACCUUCUCCAUGUCGGUCUUUCAUGCUGUCACUCAGGAGAGGCGCAAAUUUGGCCCGCUCGGAUAUAACAUCUCCUACGACUUCACGUCUGGCGAUCUUGACAUGUGCUUUAAACAGCUAGGUCUCUUCAUUGAUUCGUACACUUCGGUGCCGUACAACGUCCUCCAGUUUCUUUUCGGAAAGAUAAACUACUGCGGGCGUGUAACAGACUAUAACGACGAGAGGUGUCUGACUACCAUCCUUAACGACUACCUUUCAGACGAAGCCCUUGUGGAGGGCUAUGACUUUAGUCGGAUGAACGACACAGAGAUUGUUUCGAUCAAACAGCUUCCAGACAAUCUAAACUAUAAGGACUAUCUGGAGUGUAUCCGAGAGCAGAUUCCCAACGACCCCAGACCAGAAAUCUUUGGCCUCCACAUGAAUGCAGCCAUAACCUGCGAUAAUCAAGCUGUGCAGGCCAUGCUGAAUGACCUGAUUAAGCUGCAACCAAAAGACAAUAAAGACACCAAAGACGGAGACGCCGAAGACAGUUCCCAGAAUUCCACCGGAAAUGACAAAAACGUUCUUCUCCUCGAUCAAGCCCAGGGGCUCCUAGACCGCUGCCCCGACCUUUUCGACGUUGAGGCGGUCAGCCUGAAGUAUCCCACGCGUUAUGAAGAGUCGUUCAACACUGUUCUUGUUCAAGAAUGUAUGAGGUAUAACAAGCUGCUUAUAAAUAUCAAGAAGUCUCUCCAAGACCUACAAAAGGCAAUUCGGGGCUUCUCCGUCAUGAACGCCGAGCUUGAAGAGCUGGCGGAUAACCUGUCGAACAACAAAACCCCAGCACUGUGGCUUAAAUAUAGCUAUCCAUGCCUCAAGCCUCUUGCUUCGUACUAUAUUGACCUCUUGGACCGGAUAUCCUUCAUCAAUGUCUGGAUUGAGAAGGGGAUUCCAAUCUGCUUCUGGAUCUCGGGCUUCUUCUUCACGCAGGGCUUCUUGACCGGCUGUUUGCAGAACUUUGCUAGAAAGUAUGUCAUUGCAAUCGAUAAGCUCAUCUUUAGAUUUACUAUUAGCAAUGUAAUGGUAAACACAACCAACUUCCUCAACGAAGGCCCAGAGCUCAACACUCGUGUAGAAGCUUUGCACCGCUCAAACACAGAUGGGUGUUACGUUUACGGACUCUAUAUGGAGGGGGCCAGGUGGUGCAUGGAAACCAGCACUAUCCAGGAAUCAUACUCUCGCGAGCUGUAUUCACGGAUGCCGGUCAUCCACUUCCUUCCAGAUGAGCAAGGGAAGGAUGUCGACCCCGAGGUUGCUCGUAGAAUAUAUCGGUGCCCUGCAUACCGAACUCUUGCGCGCGCUGGUGUCCUGAGUACGACAGGACACAGCACCAAUUUCAUCAUGCCCGUGGAUUUACCGAUUCAAGCCGACGAAAGUGCCAAGUGGACCAAGCGCGGCGUAGCCUUGUUUGCAGCGCUGAACCAGUGA